AUGGAGGGCAGGGAGUCGAAGUUGCUUCCCGGAAAGAAGAAGAGCUCGACGGCGGAAGGCCAACGUCCUCUGGUGCGCAACAAGCAGCCAUCAUCAGCAGUUCAUGAUCGUCAUGAUCUUGGUGCAAGAAGAACCAUAUUGCCUAAGCCCCAACCGGUGGCGACGACGACGAGGACGACGACGGCGGCGGCGGCGCUGCCAAGGACCCAGGAGCCCAAGGUUUCCACCACCAUUAAACGUCUUCUGCCUCCACCAACGACGCAGAGGCAGCCUAAGGUUUCUCUGCCAAGGAUGCAGCAGCCCAAGGUUUCUUCCACCACUAAACCUCCUCUGCCUCCACCAACGACGCAGCUGCAGCCUAAGGUUUCUACCACCACAAAGCCUCCUCUGCCCCCACGCUAUCCCGUCAGACUGCCCAAGGGCCAACCGUCAGGACAUGAUGGAGGUGGUGAUCAUCGCAUGACCGGAAAAAGGAGCGCUGUAACAGACAGAGGCCCGGCAUCCGCCAACCAAUCUUUCCCUUCGAAAUGUUAUAGGAGUAGCAGUAGCAGUAGCAGUAGCAGCGGCAGUGGCACCGCCCCGAGGUCGAAGACGCUACCACUCUCUUCUCUCCCUUUCAAGAAACGUCUCACUCAAGGGCCGUCGCCAGAAACCAGCAUCAAAAUCCGGGAAGACGACCGACCGGUGAAAAAGAGUGAUAAUCUCCGCCAAGAACCCUUGGCAGCCGCCCCUUCGCAGUCGAAGAGUGAUGCAGCUACUACGGUGCAAGAUACUCCGGCUGGUGUCCGAUUAAGCGGAAGCAGCCACCAGACAAGUCGCGUGAAACCCGGAUGGGGAAGGGGCAUGCCUCCGCUCCCCCCACCCGGCGGCGGCAGCGGUCGCGGUCGCGGCGGAAAGAGGGUGGUUCGUUUUGCUGAUCAGCUUCAGGAUGGACCCGACCCAACUGUUCGAAAGUGA